CACUCGGUUAGCAAAAUCGAAUCGGAUCUCAGUGAUCAGAGAGAGAGAGAGUCACUUCGAUCGAGCAAAGAUGACGGAGGCGAUGAUAAGGAAGAAGCCAGGGAUGGCGAGCGUGAAGGAUAUGCCGCUGCUUCAAGAUGGUCCGCCACCGGGUGGAUUCGCGCCGGUCCGGUAUGCUCGGCGGAUAUCCAAUACGGGUCCUAGCGCCAUGGCUAUUUUCCUUACAGUUUCUGGUGCAUUUGCUUGGGGGAUGUACCAGGUCGGCCAGGGAAACAAAAUUCGCAGGGCGUUGAAGGAAGAGAAAUAUGCUGCUCGUAGAGCUAUACUUCCCAUUCUUCAAGCUGAAGAAGAUGAAAGGUUUGUGUCCGAGUGGAAAAAGUAUCUGGACUACGAGGCAGAUGUAAUGAAGGAUGUUCCGGGAUGGAAAGUUGGCGAGAACGUUUACAAUUCUGGUCGUUGGAUGCCACCCGCCACUGGGGAACUCCGUCCUGAUGUCUGGUGAUCUCUUCUCAGUUUCUCACAAAUGCAUACCUCAAUGAGGGUUAAUAAUAUGUUUUUGUUUUAUCUUUAACAUUGGGUAAUAAGAGGAAGAAUGAUUCAACAGACAGUUGCUCUUGUACUGGUUUUGCUGGAACGUUAAUCUGUGUGUGUGUGUGUGUGAUUGUUUCAAUGGUAAAAUGUGACGCAGUUUUUUUUUUAA